GUACACUUCUCCCCGUUAAGCACAAAAAAUUCAGUUUUCUUAGAAUUUCAUAGACCUUCGGCUUCAUUAUGUGGAAAGCAUAAGACGGAUCUCGCCCAAUGGCGGCGUCUGUAAAAAGAUGGCGAAGCGUAGUACGAUCGACUUCUCUCAGUUACCCUCUAACUCUGCGCAGGAAUUUUUCAGCUUCGUCAAAUGGAAAGAGGGCUCCUCCUUUUACAGAGGCGGAGGCGAAACCGGGAGCAAAAGAGGCGGAAGCAGAAGUGCCUUCGUCUUCUUCACUGUUGGAAGAGGUGAGGGCCAGUUUGCGGAGAUCCUCUUUCACUCGUACCUCUCCCUCGCUCCCUCCCUCUCCCCCUCCCUCUGCAUCAGUCGAUGAAAUACGGAAGAACCCCUCUGAGUUUCGUUCCAAGUCUGCUACACCCCCCGGGGACGGCAGUAAAGAAAGGUUGUCCUUCGAAGCAAUCCGCGACAGCCUUAGGCAACUCCGUAGCAGCGGGCCCGAAAAACCGAAGGUGAAUGAGUCGGCGGGAUCGUUUUCUCUCAAGGCAUUUGGAGAGAGUCUGAAACUACAGCCCUCCAGUUCCCCCCUUCCUUUGGCCAGGGAUCCUCCUCGCCCUUCCAAAACCGACUUCAUGAAGAUGUACAGCUAUGAUGAAUUAGGGGCCAGACUGAGGGAACUCCGUUCCCCGAGCGAGAAGGGCUUUUCUAUAUCUGAGCUUAAUAAUCGGCUGCAAAAAUUGCGUGAGAUGGAAGAAAAGGAGUCCGAGUCCAAUAUAGGUGGAAUUUCCUUCAAAGAUUUGAGGGAGAGUCUCGCUCAGCUACGCAAGUCUUCUGAGUUAUCUAAUAAAAAAUCCUCAUUGCAGAGGCUAGCUUUGUUGGGUCAAUUGGGUGGGAAACCUACACCAUCUUACAUGACUGCACCUGCAAAGGAUGAAUUGGUUCAGCGGUAUUUCCAUCCCGAUAAUAUGUCUGCAGAGGAGAAGCUCAAAAUAGAGCUGAAAAAGGUCAAAGAAGAUUUCAAAAUUCAUGAAUCAGACUGUGGAUCAUCUCGUGUCCAAGUUGCUCAACUUACGACAAAGAUCAAAUACCUGGCUCAAGUAUUGCAUAAGAAGGAUAAGCAUUCUCGGAAGGGACUUAAUGAAAUGAUUCAAAGACGAAAGAAACUGCUUAAAUAUCUUCGACGCACUGAUUGGGAUUCUUACUGCUUUGUUAUUUCUAAACUUGGUUUGAGAGACAAUCCAGACUACAAAACAUAAGGCUUUGUUCUUAUGUAAGCUCCAAGAGAAUAAUGCAUCAGGCAGGGAGAACUGGAAGUUAAAUUAAUUCGAUUUUGUUUAUACUGGAAAGUACCCAUUUGCUAGUGCUGGAGAGUAGAAGAAAAUCAAAUGUACAAAUGAGAUUAUUCAAUUCCAUGAAUUUUUUUAAUCAAAAUAUGCAAAUCUAACUACUCCCAA